AAUGCAUAAAGAGAACAUCUUGGGCUAGUUAGAAGUUUCAGUAGCUCUUGCAGAUGAAGCAUACCUACAGAAGAACUGCAUCUUGACUGAGAAUUCGUUCAGCCAAACCACCGAACAAUGCACCUUGCAAAGAAACGGUCAAAAAUGUAAAUUAUGAAGAACGGGUGAAAGAGCUCUUGUGACCUCUACUGCUACAGCACACCAAGUUUUUUAGAAUGCUGUAAGGUUAGCCAGCCUUGUUGUGGAACCAGAAAUACAUAUUUUUGUCUUGGAGAUUUAUCAGCAUAAAAUGGAGGAACAUAGUCUGCUGGAUCUGGGAUUGAAGGUUUAUAAUGGAUUAUGGGAUUAUACAUUGAAGAGCCAGCAGGCGGCAUGCCUGAGUGACUGAAGAAAAUGGGUGCUAAUGCAUCUAACUACCCUCAUUCGUGUUCCCCAAGGGUAGGGGGAAAUUCGCAGGCACAACAGACGUUCAUAGGAACAUCAUCCUACUCUCAUCAAGGUUAUGGCUGUGAAUCAAAACUGUAUAGCCUUGACCAUGGCCAUGAGAAACCUCAAGACAAGAAAAAGAAAAGCUCUGGCCUUGCCACCCUCAAAAAGAAAUUUAUUAAGCGUCGGAAAUCUAGCCGGUCUGCUGAUCAUGCCAAGCAGAUGCGAGAGCUCCUCUCAGGCUGGGAUGUUAGAGAUGUCAAUGCAUUAGUAGAAGAGUAUGAGGGAACUUCAGCCUUAAAGGAACUUUCUCUACAAGCGAGUUUGGCAAGACCAGAAGCCAGGACACUACAGAAAGACAUGGCUGAUUUGUAUGAGUACAAAUACUGUACUGAUGUAGACUUAAUAUUUCAAGAAACUUGCUUCCCUGUACAUCGUGCGAUAUUAGCAGCAAGGUGUCCAUUUUUUAAGACACUGCUUUCUUCCUCACCAGAAUAUGGAGCAGAGAUAAUAAUGGAUAUCAACACAGCUGGCAUAGACAUGCCUAUGUUUUCUGCUUUGUUACACUACCUUUAUACAGGAGAGUUUGGAAUGGAGGAUUCGAGAUUCCAAAAUGUUGAUAUCCUUGUGCAGCUUAGUGAAGAAUUUGGAACACCAAAUUCCUUAGAUGUUGAUAUGCGUGGGCUGUUUGAUUAUAUGUGUUACUAUGAUGUGGUUCUUAGUUUUUCAUCCAACUCUGAACUGGUAGAAUCAUUUGGUGGAAGUCCAAACUGUUUAGAUGAAGAGCUCAGAGCUCACAAAGCUAUUAUUUCAUCACGUUCGCCAUUUUUUCGACACCUACUGCAAAGGAGGAUACAAACUGGUGAAGAAAUCACAGACCGAACGCUGCGGACUCCAACUAGAAUUAUACUGGAUGAAUCUAUCAUACCAAAAAAAUAUGCUAAGGUCAUUUUAAACUGUAUGUAUACAGAUGUGGUGGACCUCUCAGUUUUGCACUGCAGCCCCUCAGUGGGGAGUCUAAGCGAAGUUCAGGCUCUUGUAGCAGGAAAACUAAACAUGACUAGGGCUGAAGAAGCUAUGGAGCUUUAUCACAUAGCACUGUUUUUGGAGUUUAACAUGCUUGCACAAGGCUGUGAGGAUAUUAUUGCUGAGAGCAUCUCACUAGACACUUUAAUUGCCAUUCUCAAGUGGAGUUCUCAGCCAUAUGGCUCCAAGUGGGUACACCGCCAAGCAUUGCAUUUCCUCUGUGAGGAGUUUACCCAGGUCAUGACUUCAGAUGUCUUUUAUGAACUGAGCAAGGACCACCUGCUGACUGCUAUCCAGUCUGACUAUUUACAGGCAAGUGAACAAGAUAUUCUUAAAUAUCUUGUUAAAUGGGGAGAACAUCAGUUGAUGAAAAGAAUAGCAGACAGAGAGCCCAAUUUACUGAGUGGUACUGCCCACAGUGUGAACAAACGCGGUGUAAAGAGGCGAGAUCUUGACAUUGAGGAGCUGAGAGAGAUCCUAUCUUCUCUUUUACCUGUUGUCCGCACUGAGCACAUUUUACCUAUGAACAGUGAAAUACUGAGUGAUGCUAUGAAGAGAGGCCUCAUUAGCACCCCUCCUUCAGACAUGCUACCAACAGCAGAAGGUGGAAAGUCAAAUGCCUGGCUACGGCAAAAAAAUGCUGGGAUAUAUGUUAGGCCACGACUGUUCUCACCAUAUGUAGAAGAGGCAAAGUCGGUGCUAGAUGAGAUGAUGGUGGAACAAACAGACCUAGUUCGUUUGCGGAUGGUUAGAAUGUCCAACGUGCCCGACACCCUCUACAUGGUAAACAACGCAGUGCCACAGUGCUGUCAUAUGAUUAGCCACCAGCAAAUCAGCAGUAAUCAGUCCAAUCCUCCUUCAGUUGUCGCCAAUGAAAUCCCAGUUCCCCAUCUCCUUGUUGUUAAAGAGAUGGUCAAACGGCUCCAGGAGCUCCGUCAUACUGAGCAGGUUCAAAGAGCAUAUGCUCUUAAUUGUGGAGAAGGAGCCACUGUCAGUUAUGAGAUUCAGAUUCGUGUAUUGCGAGAGUUUGGACUUUCUGAUGCUGCUGCUGAGCUUUUGCAGGUAUGGAAAACUGUCUGGAAUCCUCACAAGUUCUUUCCUGACGAACGGUUUGGGGAUGAAAGCCCACUCUUAACUAUGAGACAGUCUGGACGAUGUCGUGUUAACAGCACUCCCACUGCAGAAACCAUGUUUACAGAACUUGACUCUUUUGUGGCCUUCCAUCCACCACUGCCCCCUCCUCCACCUCCUUACCAUCCACCAGCUACUCCUAUUCAUAGCCAGUUCAAAAUGGGCUGGAAACAAAGGGUGCCGAGUCAACAUCCCUCACGUUCCUUUUCUUAUCCAUGUAACCAUUCACUGUUCCACUCCAGGACAGCUCCUAAAGUUGCCCCACCUGUCUACUUACCUGGUGUCAAAGCAGCAGCACCCCCUGAUUGCACUAACACUACAGGACUGGGGAGACAAACCGUAGCUGCAGCAGCAGCAGUCAUGGCAGCUGAAAAGCAAGCAUGUACUCAGCCCAUGUUAAAUGAGUUGAUGCCAGAUAUUGCUAUGGGUGUGUCAACGAUGUCUCUAAAGGACAGAAGAUUGCCAGAGCUCACUGUUGACACACAAUUAAGCCAGCCAGUGACAGAGGUUGGCCCUGGACCACCCCAGCAUAUUUCAUGUAUUCAGACUAGGCACAUGCACAGUUCUCGAAAGAAACAUGCAAUAGAACAAAAAAUAGAUACUCGAGAAAAUCAACAGGAGUAUCCAGAUUUCUACGAUUUCUCUAAUGCUGCAUGCAGACCUUCCACUCCAGCACCUAGCAGACAUACUCCUUCACCUUCCCAAGGCAUGUAUUUUGGUCCAGAUUUGUAUAGCCACAAUAAGGCAUCACCAAGUGGCUUAAAGUCAGCCUAUCUACCUAACCAAUUAUCUCCUAAAAAGCAAGAGGAUUCUAGGAGAGAAUAUGUGCUUUCCCAAGAUGGGCAUCAGCACAGACAAAAGAAUGAGCCAAUACACCUCGAUGUCUUAGAACAACCUCCCCAGCGGUUGGACUUGGCAUUGGCUGCCCAGGAAAAUGCUGGUAAUGGCCCAGUUCACAUCAGGGGAAGAACAAAAAUGGAAACUGACUUAACAUACGGGCUAACCUCGAACAGACCUUCACUCUCUACGUACAGCUCUGAGAUACAAGAAGAGCGAUCCAGCAGGAGACUGACAGAUGAGGAGCCUCUGGAACACGAAGCACAGAGAAAUACAGAUUUGGAAAGGGAAGAUGCAGUAAGCAGAGGAAGGAGGUCUCCAAGCAAACCAGACUUUCUAUAUAAAAAAUCUGCCCUCUGA